CUGGCUGGUCGCCGGUUUGCGCAUUUAUUGUAUUACCUCGCUGCGGCAACCAAACAACUCAAAUGCAUGCGGGUGUGAGCGUUCGCGCUGUGGACACUUAUUACGUAUCAAGGUAAAGGAUAUGCUGUGAAUCUUGAGGAGAUAUGUCGGUAGCACUAUGCUGUCGUCUGCCGUGGAACUUGAGACGGGGGUGGGUGCAACAACCUUUCAGGGUGACUGUGUUACAACCACUGCUUGUCCACUGUAGAAGACCUUAUCUUAAAUCUAGUAGCACUAAGAUGGAAGGUCAGAUGCCUUCCCUCGAGUAUCAUGGCCUACCACCCCCUAAAGGUCUGUAUCAUCCACAAUUUGAGAAAGAAGCCUGUGGUGUCGGAUUCAUCGUUAACAUUAAUGGCAAAGCUUCGCACAAACUAAUAGUCGAUGCGGCAACUAUUUCUAAACGCAUGGAGCAUCGCGGUGCCUGUGCCUGUGACAAUAGUACGGGGGAUGGGGCAGGAGUUAUGGCUGCCAUACCCCAUUCCUUCUAUUCACAGGUGCUAAAGGAAGAACUUGGUAUUACACUUCCUCCCAAAGGCCAAUACGCGACUGGCAUUAUGUUCCUAGACAGAAAAACCAACAGGACAGCUGAAACACGUUUUGAACAGCUAGCCAAAGAGCUUCACUUGGAGGUUCUUUGUUGGAGAGAUGUCCCAGUAGAAAGUUCAAUCCUGGGAUUUGUCGCCAAAUCUACUGAACCCCUUAUGAGGCAGGUUUUCGUCGUAGGACCUUCUAUGGACCCAGAUACAUUCCGCAGAGAACUCUUUGACUUUCUCGGAGUGCUAAUCAUGGAGUACGAAGUGAGACCUGAUGACAAGCCACUCACUGAUAAGGAGAGUAUGGAACUAUGA